GAGGGGAGCAUCUGUGGGGGCCUGGUGCGCGCGCGCGUGUUUGUGUGUGCGCGCGUGUGUGGUGUUUCCCCUGCCGCGGGGAAAUGGCUGCUGUUGCUCGUCCUGGGCCCGCGGAGGAGAAUGAGACUAAUAGGGAUGCCAAAGGAAAAAUAUGAUCCUCCAGAUCCUCGUAGAAUUUAUACCAUCAUGUCAGCAGAGGAGGUAGCCAAUGGGAAAAAAUCUCACUGGGCAGAAUUAGAAAUCUCGGGUAGAGUGCGGAGCUUAAGUACAUCACUUUGGUCAUUGACACACUUGACAGCGCUGCACCUAAAUGACAAUAAUCUUGCUCGCAUUCCACCUGAUAUUGCCAAGCUUCAUAAUCUGGUUUACCUGGAUCUGUCAUCCAAUAAACUCAGAAGUUUACCAGCAGAACUAGGAAACAUGGUGUCUCUCAGGGAAUUGCUUUUAAAUGACAAUUAUUUACGGGUUUUGCCUUAUGAACUUGGCCGGCUCUUCCAGCUGCAAACUCUAGGUUUAACAGGCAAUCCUUUAUCACAGGAUAUUAUGAGCUUAUACCAGGACCCAGAUGGAACCCGAAAGCUACUGAACUUCAUGCUUGACAAUCUUGCAGUUCAUCCAGAGCAGCUUCCUCCGAGGCCAUGGAUUACAUUAAAAGAACGAGACCAAAUCCUGCCAUCAGCAUCAUUCACGGUUAUGUGUUACAAUGUGUUAUGUGAUAAAUACGCUACCCGGCAGCUAUAUGGCUAUUGCCCGUCCUGGGCAUUAAACUGGGAAUACAGGAAAAAGGGAAUUAUGGAAGAAAUUGUUAACUGGGACGCAGAUAUCAUUAGUCUUCAGGAAGUGGAAACAGAGCAAUACUUCACUCUCUUUCUACCAGCAUUGAAGGAUCGUGGAUAUGAUGGAUUCUUUUCUCCAAAGUCACGUGCCAAAAUCAUGUCUGAGCAGGAAAGAAAGCAUGUCGAUGGUUGUGCAAUAUUCUUCAAAACGGAAAAAUUUACAUUGGUGCAGAAGCAUACAGUGGAAUUCAACCAGGUAGCAAUGGCGAAUUCAGAUGGCUCUGAAGCAAUGCUGAACCGAGUGAUGACAAAAGAUAACAUUGGCGUGGCUGUGGUCUUGGAGGUCCACAAGGAGCUCUUUGGAACAGGUAUGAAGCCGAUUCAUGCUGCAGACAAACAGCUUCUUAUAGUGGCAAAUGCCCACAUGCAUUGGGACCCAGAGUAUUCUGAUGUGAAACUUAUUCAGACCAUGAUGUUUGUGUCAGAGGUUAAAAACAUUCUGGAGAAAGCCUCAAGUAGGCCUGGCAGCCCAACUGCAGAUCCUAAUUCCAUCCCGCUGGUGCUAUGUGCAGAUCUUAACUCAUUGCCAGAUUCAGGUGUUGUAGAAUAUUUAAGCAACGGAGGAGUAGCUGACAACCAUAAAGACUUCAAGGAACUAAGGUACAACGAGUGUCUUAUGAACUUCAGCUGUAGUGGAAAGAAUGGAAGCUCAGAAGGGAGAAUCACACAUGGCUUCCAACUUAAGAGCGCCUAUGAAAAUAACUUGAUGCCUUAUACCAAUUACACCUUUGAUUUCAAAGGUGUGAUUGACUACAUUUUCUAUUCCAAGACUCAUAUGAACGUGCUUGGUGUCCUGGGGCCUUUAGAUCCUCAAUGGCUGGUUGAGAACAACAUCACUGGGUGUCCACACCCUCACAUCCCUUCAGACCACUUCUCACUGUUAACACAACUUGAACUUCACCCUCCACUCCUGCCUCUUGUCAAUGGUGUUCACUUGCCUAAUCGGAGGUAGUGGAGUACAGCCCCGCCAAGGCGGGGAUCUGUUGCUAUGGACCUGUACAGUUGUAAAUCAAAGUAUGUAGGAGUGAAGUAUGGCCAUCCUUAAGCUGCUGCUUCAGGUUCCUUUCAUUAUGUGUUUGCUAUAAGACUUUGUAUGUUUUGUGCAUAUUGAUAUCAUUUGGCACUAGGGCUGGAACCAAAGUAUUACCGUCUGUCUAUCCAAACAUUUAAUAUACUUUAAAAUUGGAUUUCUUUUUUUCCUAUUAUAUUAGAAAACAGCAUUCACAAAUGGUAAAUCACUAAUCUGAGGCCCAACACCAGUGUUGCUCUCUAAAAACAAGUAACAUUCUGUGGAAUGAUUUCAAAUAAGCCAAUCAUUUUUAUAAGAAGUGAUUUUUACAACCUCCAAAUAUAAGAUUUUCAAUUGAAUUAUGGCAUGCCUUAUAGGAAAAACUUGAGUUUCUGGUUUCCUUUAUAACAAGCUGAUUUUUGGCCCCCAAGUCAUUUGCACAGUAACAAAGCACUUAAAUUUGCUUGAUUUGUACAUUAAAUGUGAUAUAGUCACUAGCCAUAACAAGACAAUUUGAGAAAUGAAAAUAAUUGUACAACAUGCUUUCAAAGUCAAGCAUUAGUUUGUGACAGUUUGUUGGCCAAAGGCUGGUUGUUUUGUUUGAGGAAUCCCCCCUCCCCUUUCCUUUUUGUUCUGCCUGUUAGUUAUAAUUUUUUUAGAAGUAUUAACUCUAAGCCCAUCUCUCCAGUUCAUUUAUAAGGAAAUAGCAGAUAUAUACUGCCAUACAUAUUGAAAGUAGAAUUUGGUAUUUUUAGGGUGCCCACAAAAUUAGUAUCUAAUAUUUGUCAUUUUUCAUGUCCACUCUUCUUUGCUGUGUGGUUGUACUGGAAAAAGAUAGGAUCCAUAUUGUCUUUACCACUACAGUUUUAAUGUGUAAGGAAGAUUACUGAAUGAAAAGCCCCUGGUCAAAGUUUCAAAAAGGGAAAGCCAUAUAAUGUUACACAUGUUUUCCAAAGUAAUUUAAAUGGCUGGUUUGUUUGUUUGUUUUUCUUUUUUCUUUUUUUUUUUUUUUUUUUUUUGAGGUAACAAUGGAGAGGACAGAUUUGGGGAAGUAGUUGAAAACUUUGGAUCAUUUUUUUUCUGACUCUAGCUGCCAAAUGGCCAUCAUAUGCUUUUAAUCUUCGUUGCCAUAUCUGUCUAGAUUUGAAUUGAGCUACUGGUUUAUUCCCAAAGUUUGAUGCCUCUAGAUGUAUUGGAAACCAACCCCCCUUUUGUUGUUGUUGGCCAGGAGGGGCCACUUAAAAUCUGACUUGAGAGGCAGAAAGCAUAAAUAACCAUUUUGUGGGGAGAAAAUUAGUUGGCUGCUUGAUGUUAAUUAUGGCACAGUAACAUUGAAAAAGGUUGUGUCUGUGUUUUUAAGUUUUUCUUUAUUCUGCUUUUUUGCUGCUAUAAGAGUUUUCUGAAAUUUAUAUUUUAAACUUUUCAUGCACUUUACUGUUUCUAGUAUCAAAAUGUGAUAUUUUUAAUAAACAAGAAAUUUUCCAUUAUGUGAAUGAAAUUUUAAAAGAAAAUAGCCUAUAUUUGUGUCUCACUAAUAUAUAAAGUACAAGUCAAAUUUAAAUUAUUUAAUUAGUUUUAAAUAUAUACAAAUUGUCUCCUCUUUCAAACCUGACAUCUUAGGCUGUUUUAUUAGUCUUAAAUAAUACAUUUCCUGUGGUUAUUUUAUACUAAUUUCUUCCAUAGUUUACUGAUCAGGCUAUAUAAAAUAAUAAUUCCCCAAAGGGUAAUUUUAGUGUAAUGAGGGUGGUGGGAUGAUGUAAUAUCAUACAGGAUUGCAUCCAGAAGAGCUCUGUAAAGCCUAAAUUCCCUUUUAAAAGUGCCUAGUGACAGAGGCGUUGUUAUCUAUUGUAAUUGGGAUGUCAUUGUAGUUCAAAAAAGUUUGAUGUAAAUAAAAUAUUCUUUUAAAAAAUAUUAAAGUACCUGAAUAAAAAAAAAACAAGUAGAAGAAACCCGUGAUGACAGAUUUUCCUCAGUGUUCAGGUAUCCCUUCUUAUAUACCUCAAGCAUCCAACAUCUAGCCAUGCAAAUUGGUUAUCUGAAGCAUAGUACUGGAAAGUAGAAUAGCAUGAAAAACUUAAUUUUGUGGACAUUACCUUUUUUGUAAUCAGCUACUGUAUGUUUAGUUUUAGAUCUUUUGUUUCGGGUGGGUUUUCUGCUCUGGAGGUAUAUGCACUAACAGAACAGUCUUCUUUCAUAGACGCAUGUUAAUUAGCAAUGUGAGCAAUAUUUCCUACCAUACUUCACUCCCGAUAUUUUUUGAGAUGUUUGUAUAAAAUGAAAUUUAAAGUUCACUUAUGAUUGUAUAUGAACCACAGAGGAGCCCAUUUAUUAAUAAAAAUCUUUUUUAAUAGUUAAAUGUAGAGGGGAAAAUAAAAAAAAUUGGGAAACAUUGUAAA